AAGGUAAGAAUUGAAGAGUUGAAGAAGAAAGGGCAGAGCGUGAAAAUAAAAUCGGAAAGAAAAUGAUCGCCGGUGACGUCGCCGCUAGUUCACCGUCGCCUGAUUCCGGCGAAGUUACGCCUGAGAAUCAACAGGUAGAGAAGCCAUGGCAUACAUACAUUUCUGAGGAUCUGCCACGUACCGUACAGGAAUCCGCCGAUUCCGCCUUUCGUUCCGCUCGCGAGCUCCAACACAAUUCGUCCACUCAUUUUCGAACUCUUCAGGAUCAUGUACUUCAGUACACUGCAUUGUAUAGGAGCUAUGAAGACUUGGCCUUCAACAAGAUCAAAGAACAAAUCACAGUUGCAAGAGAACACCCAGAAUUGUCUGCUGGAAUUGCAGUUACAGCUGGUCUUCUUCUCAUGAGAGGCCCUAGAAGAUUCUUGUAUCGUCGUACUUUGGGUCGAUUUCAGAGUGAGGAGUCACAGAUUGUGAAAGCUAAAAACAACGUAGACCAUUUAAGCUUAUCAGUUCAGUUGAUGAAGAAAGAGAGCGAAAAGCUACUUGAAAGGGCUGCUCUUGCUGAGAAAGAGAUGACUUAUGGUUAUGGUGAAUUAAGGAAUACUGGAGAUCAAAUCAAAAGUCUUGCUAAAUCUGUUCACAAGGCUGAAGGUCAAGCGAUUGAUCUGGUGGAAGAUUUGCGAGAAAUUCCUGGUAGAGAAGCUUUACGACUGAGAGCCGAGGUUGCUAAUAUGGCAUCAUCCCUAAAAGAAAAGAGACUUGAUAUAAACAAAAGAAUAGUGAGGAUCUCUGAGUUGGGUGUUCGUGUAUAAUCUGGAUGGCAGUUCUAUUGUCAAAUUUUUGGUUCAAAUUACCUUAACAUCUUGUGGGAACCGGAUACUCCAUCUCUCUUUGGUUAUUGUGCACCAUCCUGUUUAUGAAAUGAUACUCAUUCAUAGCCCAAAAGUUUUGGGCUUGGAAUUAAUAGGUCUUUUGUGGUGUUAAUAAUGGCAUGGUGAUAAAUGUCCGGGUUUAUUAAUGUAGUUUUUUGCUGGGAUUUUGGGCUAGUCUUGUACUUGUUCAGUUGUUCGCCUGUGUGCUUAUGCCCUGCUUUCGGCAGAGUUUUCUUCUACAGUUGUAAUGGACUAAUGGCCAAAUCGCAAACAGUAUACAACUUUCGUUCGUGGGUACCAACUACCAACCAUGUUGUUUUUGUAAGAGAGAACAUUCAAGUUACAAAGCAUUGGACACAUUUUUAAUGCA